AAUCUCCAUGGCAAUGACCCUAAUCAGGGAAGAGGGGAUGCAAAAGGGGCGCAUGCUCAGAGUGGCUGCUGGAGCCUUGCCUGCUCGCUACAGCUGCUCCAAGGGUCUGGCACACAGGCGAAGAGAAAGAUCAGGUACUGGGCAAACUGGUCCUUGGGGUGCAUCUCGAGCCCAUGGCGUGUCACGGCAGUGGCAGGGAAGACAGCUUGAAUUAUUGAUGAGAGCAAUGGCGCUGCCGUCUGUGUGGAGCGAGAUGCGUGUGGGAAUCCUGCUCCUCUCGGUGCUCAGCCUGCUCAGCGCGGGGCUCGUGGGGGCUGGCCAGGACUCCGGGAGUGUCAUCCCUGCAGAAAGCCGUCCCUGUGUUGACUGCCAUGCGUUCGAGUUCAUGCAGAGGGCGUUGCAGGAUCUAAAGAAGACGGCGUAUAACCUCGACACGCGGACAGAAACCCUCCUCCUGAGAGCAGAAAAGAGAGGCCUGUGUGAUUGCUUUCGUGCAAUACACUGAAAUGAGCACCGGUAUUUGGCCAAUGGACAUUUAUUCAUUUUAAAAAUGCUGUUCAGUAAAUUACAGGAAGAUACAGAGUGCAAGUUGUGCCCCACCAUAAGGAAAAGCAUUUUUAUCAGAACAGGUAUAGCUCAGUUAGAUUCUUUUUGCUUUGCUGUGGUUUAUCAUUACUCUAUGUGAUAUUGCAUCUGCUGAAAUGUCAACAGAAGAAACAGUGACAAAGUCAUGCUUACAGGUUUUAUGCAAGGAUAGCAUCCUGCUUUUUUGGUAUUUCAAAAUUUUGGUAUUUUUAAAAAUUGUCCUUGGACUCUCAGGCCAACCUCUUGGCUUAUGUGAAUUGCCAUAGAUCUGUAAAAUUCAGUGGAGUCAAAAUUUUUAAUGUAUUUAUAGAAGAAUAACAUGAAAAGGAAGAUACUUUGCCAUGAUGCAUAGAUAAAUAUUUACAAACAAGCAGACUUGGCUCUAUAUAGAAAUUAAUAGUUAUCACUGACUGCUUGGCAGUCCAGGGAAGGGAUUUGUUACCAAUUGUAUCAAUAGUCCAGUGCAAACACAGUAAUCUGUCUCACAAUUUUCAUUUCUUCAAAGCCACACAGUAGCUGUGAUCUUUUUGGAGAGAUUUAUUAAGUAUCUAAUGUGAUCAGUAACAUUUUUAAUCACUUGAAUACUGCCUGGCAGUUGAACUGAUUGCAUCUGCCAAAAUCUUCUGGAGAAGUGUCUUUCAUUAAGCAAAUCACAUGCUGGAUUGAACCACUCAAACUGGCCUCUGCAGAGAGUUUUGGCAGAGAGCCUACACAACGCCUGCCUGCCCAGGAGUCUCUUGUAAACUGUAUUUUGGGAAAUACUUAAAUUCUACCAGAAUGGUCCUUAGCUCUUGCAUGGACUCUGCACUCCAUCAGGGUGGGUUACAGUGCUGAUGUUAUUCACAUUCCUGCUGCAGUCAGUGUGAGACAAGAGAGAACAAAACAAUUUAAGCAGUGUAGUAGUAGACAGCAAGAUUGUGCCUUGUUAAUUUUUAAAAGAGAAUAGCAAAUCCUUUCUCAUUGUUUACCUUUUUUUUCAUUUAUUUUGGGAAGGAGAACAGAAAAUGGCCCCAGUGGAAAGUUCCUGUUCAUAAUAAUAGAUUUUUCAUUGGACUUAAAAUAUCAUCCCCAAAGUAGACAUUUGUGUAUCAGCUCGAGCAUCUAUGUACACGCUAGAAACUUUUAUACAAACAAGAGUAUUGGAGCAGGACGAACAACAGUGGUUUUCAAAGUCAUUUUACUAAUUCUUAUUAAUAUGUCUGUCUUUCCAUAAGUGACUGAUGUUUAUGAUAUUUUGCUCUCAGCCUGCUCAGUAAGUUAGGAUCAAAGCUAUCUGUAUGUUUCCAAACUGCUUCUCUCUCAUUUUGUCUACAACAUCAGGCACAGAGAAAUAGGGACCUGUGACCCACUGCCAACUCAUUAUUUUGUGAGCAGUCAUACUCAGUAACACAAAGGAGUGUGUGUUGCCAUAUAUUUUGCCAAAGUUGUUUGAAAGGUGUGUGGUUCUCAGCAAGGAAAAGUUUCCUUGCACCUGCAUGUCAAAUAAAAAAUCUGCUUUGUCCUUUGUAGUAUUCCAGCAAACCCCUUUAUAGGUCAUUGGGACCUGUUUUGUGUACAAGAGAAGCAGCAUGACACAGCAACAGCUCCUUCCUGGUAGCAUCACACUGCACUGUGGCACCGGUCAAUAGAGCAAUAGAGGUUUUCCUCAUAGACCAAAUUUUAUCAAAGAAAGCAGUAGGAUUAACACAGCUUCAUUGCAAAAUACCAGCCUUUGGCUACUUUAUCCUCACUUAGAUUUGGACCAAAAUAAUGCACAGCUUUCGAGCCAGCUUUUUGCAGGAGAUGGAGUCCCAGCACUGAACCUGUGAAUUUUCCAGCACAGCUUCCCUUUUCAGGGGGCAGCAUGUCUAUGGUUUGGUAUUACUAUUGUGCGUGCUUAUUCUGCUGGUACCCUAAAGAAUCUUGCAAAUUCCUGUUACAAGAACUGAAAUUCUUUUGUUUUGUUCAUGUUUUUAUUUAGAAAAGUGGUUGCUCACAGUUGAGUUUUGAUAUACACAGCUUGUUACGAUAAAAGGUGGAAUGAAUGACAAGGGGAUGUUGUCUGACUCCCAAAGGGAUCAGAGUGACACUGCAACUUUAUGGCUGUAAGAGAGUGAUUAUUCUGUACUUCUCUUUGUCUAUAAUACAACACAAUAAAAGGGCAAGAUGCAUUAUAGUA